AUGCCCCCCUGGGGAAGACCACCGGGGCGGAGGAGGGACAUGUAUAAUGCUGGGACGGCCGCACGGUUCCAGGAUUUGGACAGCGAUGAGGACGGCCGGGGCGUUUUUGCUUAUGAAGAACAUUCUUCAGGAACGACACCACCUUUCAUUUCGGAUAGACUCUACUCCAACGACUCGGACACUGCAUAUCGGGAGGAAGACUUGGCGUACGGAGAGGAUUAUGGGUAUUCGGAGGACGAUUACGAGUAUGAGAGGCAGGCGGCGCCUCUUGUCCGCCGCAAGUUCUCGGAGGAACAAGAGGAGAUUGUAACGCAGCGGGCGCUGGAAAAGAUCCGACGGUCAAGAGCGGCAGGCAGGACGGAUGUUAGUCUAACGUACGAAGAGCUCGACGCUCUCGAGCGCCGACGUGUUCAACAACCACCACCACCUCAACGUGCAACACCCCAAGGCAAGAUCAGCAGCAGGACGAGCAGUCCGAACAGCGUCCGCUCAAGGAAGGGUAGCUGGGUGCGUCCUGCCGGGCUACUCAAUGCUGCUGCUCCGUCGCCCGUCAAGUCUAGGAAAGAACACAGGUCAAGUCGCAGGACGUCCGACGAUGCUGCAGCUCUCAGGGGGCCUGGUUUCGCCAUCGCCGGGCCGUCCGGAACAUCCAACCUCGUGCCGCUUGGAGGCUAUCAACACGCUCAGACGCCCCCGCAUUCUCGCUCCCGCCAGUCCUCUCAGUCACGCUCGCGCCAAAUCAUCUCCCCAAUCCCGCAAUAUGAAUCUCCGCAGUACGCCUACGCAAACCGUCCACCAUCCUCCUCUUCCCGCUCAUCAAGCAUCCACCAAGACGAGCCCGACUGGGCUCUCCGCUCGCGCAACUCCUUCAUCGCGCAGCAGAACUACCAAAACGACCCGUUGCUCUACCAGUCCAGCUCUUCUCUCGCGCAACCGCAACUCUACCCGCAGGGCCGUCGCGUUACAUCGGGUCCGUCGGAUGUCGCUUAUGCGAACCUCAGGCGCAUGCCGGCGACUGUUGGUCGACUGCCUACCAGCAAUUCGGAUCCGGUGCUUGGAUAUCGUGGGCUGGGUUCUUCGGGCGCGGGCGACGAGGACGAGUACGUGGAUGUUGCGGCGGAGGACUCGGGCAGGAAUGGGAGGAGUGAGCGGCGCAGGAGGGGGAGGAGGUAG